CGGGGCCGGGACCGCCGCCGCCUCCUCGCCGCCGGUCGGGGGCCGUCGCCGGCGGUGGGUCCCACCAUGGGGCUGUGCCUGCCCUGCAUGGGGGGCGCCGUCAAGGAUGUGGUGGAGACGCCCGACCCGGAAAUAAAAAGAAGACAGCUAGCAGAAGCUGCUGAAAAGAGGCAGAUGGAGGCUUCCUCUCGAGGCAUUAAGAACGCCUACUCUGUAGAGCAAAAGAAAAAGAAACAGGAAGAAAUAGAGAAAAGAAUGGCAGCUGCAGGUCCUGGAGGAGAAGGAGGACUGAGAUGGCAGGUUGGAUAAAGAAGGAAGAAUUCAGAAGAGAAGAUUGAUGUUUACUGCCAGUGACUUGCCAGUGUCUGCAGCCAAGUGGCACUUACUCAUUAUGUGGCUUUUGCUGUUUGCAUCUGAACACACAGCAGUACUUUGCCAUUGUGGGAGAUGUGGACGUAUACACCAAGAAACUUAAGAUCUAACUCUGAACAAUUCAGUUUUGGCCAAUUUGUUUGUUUAUGUGCAUGUUUUACUACUUCCCUGUCAAGGGAGCGAGGUGGUUUUCUCCCUUGGAAAUGACCUCCUUAGCUGUAGUCAGUCAGGAUGUGUGUGCUGUCUGGUCAGUUGAUGUCUGUUUGGGUAUGACUGGUCUAAAAGUUUCUCUAAGCCCUCAUGUGGAAAGUUGUUCACAAAUGUAUAUAUAUAUUUGCCUAUGUGGGUGACAGCAUCUCUCUUCAGCUCCCUAGUGACCUUUGAACUGCUUAGGGACUUAGUGCCUUUUACAAACAAGACAUCAGAGUCAUAGCAGGUCCUUACAAAUGGAAGCAUUUUGUGACACUAGUUAAAAACUAGAAACCUUUGUAAACCCUGUCAUCCUUCUAGCAAGAAAGCUGUUUUAUUAGGAGUCUGAGACUUGGUCUCGUUUUCUGAUCCGGAUUUCUUUGGCGUCUGUAUUUAUGUACUGGAAGUUCAACGUGGAAUGAAUGCUGUUAGUUGUUGGCCUUUGUUACCACAAGAGGGCAGUGCUGCACUUCUCAGGAUUCUAGGAAACGGGCUGCAAAAGACUUCUUACAUCAUCUCUUGGAUGGUUUUACUGCCUGAAGAUUCCGUGCUGUGGAGGGAGGUGGGUGUGUUGCAGCACAGCAAGGUUUGCUAAAUGGCCAAAGCUCUGUCGCUUUUGUUCUCUGUUCAGCAAUGUCUGUAAUCCCUUUCCCAAAUGUGAAGCUGCCAUUGAUUAUUUAGGGCUACCUAAACUGUGGUGUUAACUAGUGGCAAACUAGUUACCUCAAGCCUCUGCUUUGGUAGAGGGAAGCUUGUUACAGCAUGAUCAACACUAAGAUCCCAGCUCUAUUUUUCCCCAGAGACCAUUUCGCUUGGCCUUGGUAUCUUACUGGCCCCAUUUCUGACCUAGUUUAGGCUACAGAGGCUUUUUCCCCCUGCCUUGAACUAAAUACUUCUUCUUUUACCUCUCCCAGUAAUGUCUCAUGCUGAUUUAGGAUUGCAGACCUGACACAAUGAGUUUCCUGGCUUAGCCUUCAGAACUGACUUGAGAAGGAAGACUUUUCAAUGUUAAUGUAACGGCCUUUGGUCUAGGAAGCUGUGUCCUUGGCAGAUGAAUACCUUCUGCUUCCUUUGAUUGCUGGUUGCUCUCUUCACUGUAUUAACUGGGCAUAGUGAUUUUUUUAAGUCUAAUGCAUUAAAUUAUAAUAAAAUAUA